CCGCUAUUCAACGAAGCGUGCCGGAGUCUUUGCUUACUAUGCCAGCGGCUUGGCUUUGGCUUUAGCAGCAUUUUGCGUCCAACUGGGUCGGUGGAGUGUUGUGCGUUCUGCUGUGCCAUGGUAGGAUAGUGGUCGGUGCGUUAUCGUGGUCGGACGGGUUCGGACGCUCGCAGGAUCUGCAGGAUUUAUAAGCCGUGAACUUCCAUUAAAUAUGCGCUGAACUCAAAGUGGGCAUAGUUUGACGAUGACGGCACAUCCACCGUGGUGAAAAAUGAAGAUUUCUGAAGAUUCAUAUUAAUAGUUUAGAAGAAACUGUAAACAUGAAACUGUUCCUGCUAGUAUUAGCGGCUUUGGCACUGUCAAGUGCACAGGAGCAACAACCGUCAAAUGCCACUACCACCACACCAGUGAAAAAAGUACCCAAAAGGAGUUACGUGUGUCCUCCGAACUUCAUCAGACUUAGCCAUAGAUGCUACUACUUUAGUAAAGAAGCGGCCACCUGGCAAGACGCGUAUUUUCAGUGCAGAGACCUCCAUAGUAACCUUGCCAUCAUCAAAACCCCAAACCAAGAUAAACUAAUUCGGAGGACUUUAAGCAAAAAACCUCUAGAACCCCUUGAGAGAUGGCUUGGUGGUCUCUAUGACUGGGAGCAAAUGACCUGGAAAUGGGCGGCUUCUGGUAAACCUUUAGUCUAUCAAGGUUUUUCUAGAAUGGAACCCGAAGACAAGGAAAAGUUGCGUUGGCACUGCAUAAUCGUAGACCCCAAUUUACAAUUCAAAUGGAAUACCCGAAGCUGUGUUGAACAAAAGCACUUCAUCUGUCACACCAAAAUCAAGAUUGUCACAAGCAAAGGAAAAAAGAAGCUUUUGCGGCAAUACAAAGUGAACAAAUACAACAAAUUGAACGAAAUUCCGGUCCCUGAUCUACCACAAGACGCACGUUACAACACCACGAUCUUGAAAGGUCAUCAUCCGAAUGGCGCUAGCCUAAACCACGCACAGUAUGCUAGAAAACCAAGGGAUCGUAGACGCAGGGUGCGCAAAAAUAGAAAGAAGAAAGUAAACGUUCUUUCCGAUAAUGAUAACACUCUCAACUCGACCCACUACGGACAAACUGAAAGAAAGCGACGACAGAAAACCAAAGAAGAGGGCGAUUUGUCGAUGGAACGAAUUAAAUGGAAGACGUACUACAAAGAUUCAAAUUUGAGUCCGUUGCAUCCGAAGGCCAUAAUCGAGGAAUUUAACUAUGUGAAGGAGCCAUAAAUGCACAGUGCUAAACUGUAAAAUGGUGUCUUUUUUGUGCUCUGUUCAGUUUUGUAUCAAUACUUAGACUAUUUAGUUUUUAAGGGCAGUGUUUUAUACCGUCGCUUCACAUUAUUUAUGUAUGAUCAUGUAUGUAUGUAAAUAUAUUUUUUAUAAAAUUAAUUUUUUUAAGGAAUUAUUUUAUUUUUGAAUGUUAUGGUGCUAUCAGGAGUGGAUUUAGAAUGUGGUACUUACGAGGCAACCACCGAAGUUAUUGCUAGAUCUGCUCCUGUUAAGAAGUAUUUUAUAUAUUUUUUUGUUGUUUUUCUGUUUGUGUAUCUAAAAUUUAUUAAAUAUAUAGAUGUGUAAGUCUA